CUGCUUUCCCCCACAGCAACUGCACAACCCCCAUUCCUGCUGCUGUUCUUCUCGGGCCAAGGCUGAGACACCAUGGCCUCCCUCGGCGUCUCCGAGAUCCUCGGCACACGCCUCAGCACCGCCGCCCCACCUCGCUCCCCCCCUGCGCCACCUCCCUCCGGCUCUCCAAGGAUCGUUGCGCUUUUCUCCAAGAAGUCUUCACCCAAGUCGAAGCCAGCCGCCGUUUCUCCGGUCAACGACGAGCUCGCCAAGUGGUAUGGUCCUGAGAGAAGGAUUUUCCUGCCGGAAGGUCUGUUGGACCGGUCGGAGAUCCCAGAGUACCUCACCGGAGACGUCCCUGGAGAUUAUGGCUACGAUCCUUUUGGGCUGAGCAAGAAGCCAGAAAACUUCGCCAAAUACCAAGCUUACGAGCUCAUCCAUGCGAGGUGGGCGAUGCUCGGCGCCGCUGGCUUCAUCAUCCCGGAGGCCUUCAACAAGUUCGGUGCAAACUGCGGCCCCGAGGCGGUCUGGUUCAAGGUACUUCAGCCAUGCUUGUUCUCCACCCGUGUGUGUGUGUGUGUGUGUCUGUUGAUCCUAAGCAUAACAAAGAUCCAUGCUUGUUUGCAGACUGGGGCACUUCUCCUUGAUGGAAACACAUUGAAUUACUUCGGCAAGAACAUUCCCAUCAAUCUUGUUGUUGCCGUCGUCGCUGAGAUCGUGCUCGUUGGAGGAGCAGAGUACUACAGAAUCAUCAAUGGACUGGAUUUGGAGGACAAGCUCCACCCCGGAGGUCCAUUUGAUCCACUGGGGCUCGCGAACGACCCAGACCAGGCCGCGUUGCUCAAGGUGAAGGAGAUCAAGAACGGACGGCUCGCCAUGUUCGCCAUGCUCGGCUUCUUCCUGCAAGCCUACGUCACCGGAGAAGGACCGGUGGAGAACCUCGCAAAGCAUCUGAGUGACCCAUUUGGGAACAACUUGCUCACUGUCAUCUCCGGGGCUGCCGAAAGAGCUCCAACCCUGUGAUUUGCCGAAUGCUUUCCUGCAAUGAUUUCCAUGCCAUGUAGACCAAUGAGAUCAAUCAGGGCACUGUAAAAUGCAUUUGAGACUCUAAGUUACUCCUUUCUAUAUGAAAACUUUCAUGCCUAUUGUACCUCUUGUUCGUUUAAUGGAGGGUACCAAGUGCUGUAACUCCACUGAAA